AUGGUUAAGUUGACGAUUGAUCUGGUCGAGGGGGCUAUGCAAUAUACAAAUCCCCUUAGGGAUCGAGAGCUUGAUUUACGAGGGUAUAAAGUUCCUGCUAUUGAAAAUUUGGGCAGUACACUGGAUCAAUUUGACACAAUCGAUUUUACUGAUAAUGAAAUCCGUAAGCUGGACGGCUUUCCCUUGCUCCAACGUCUCAAGUCUCUGAUAAUGACGGGAAAUAAGGUACUUCGGUACAAUCGCUUUAAUCGCGAUACAACGAUUAUUCGAAUAGGAGAGGAUCUC